GAGGUUGAACGCAGAUAUGAUGCAGAUUUAUUUUUGAAGGGAACAGAAACCUCACCGAAUAAUAUCACUGGGGUGACGACAAACGAAGCAGUUAACAAAUCAUCCAAGAAUAUACGGUUACCACAAACUGUAUCCCCGCAUUUCUAUGAUCUACAGCUUCAAGUUCACAUUCAUGGAAAUGCAGAUACUAAAGACUUCUAUUUCAAUGGAUCUGUCACCAUAGAGAUUCAGUGUUUAGCAGCAACUGCAGAAAUCUUUAUUCAUGCUUAUCCUAAUCUUAAUGUCAGUAUGGAUCAAAUCAAAAUAUUUUCAGACGAUAAGGAAGAUUCAAAGAAGACGGAAAUUCCAAUACAGACGAUAUCCUACGAUAAAGACGCUGAAUGGUACCAUAUACAGUUAAAAGAUGCACUACAGCCCAAUGCAAGUUAUAAACUGAUAUUUGGUCAAUUUAAUUCUUCACUAAACUACGAACCGCUAGGAUUUUAUCUGAGUCGGUAUGCAGAAAAUGGAACCUAUAAGUACUUAGCAAACACACAAUUUGAGUCAACUUAUGCAAGACGUGUAUUUCCUUGUUGGGAUGAACCUGGAUUUAAGGCCGUGUUUCAGGUCACCAUCAUACGCCACAAGGAUUUUAUACACUUUCAAAUAUGCCUGUUAACAACACGGUGGCGCUUCACGCUGACUGGCGUCGAGAUCAGUUUCAACCCAGUGUAAAGAUGUCUUCAUAUCUGUUGGCAUUUGUAAUUUGCCAAUUUCAUGGACUUCGUGCUGUAGAUUCAAAGGGAAGAAAUUUUACUGUUUGGGCAAGACCAGAGAAAAUUGAAUCAGCCAGGUAUGCUUUGGAUAUCGGUAGAAGAAUUCUUACAUACUUUGAAGAUUACUUUGGAGUUCCUUACCCACUUCCAAAAAUGGAUAUGGUUGCACUUCCCAACUUUAAGGCUCACGCAAUGGAAAACUGGGGUCUAAUAACAUUUAUAGAAAGUUCACUGUUGUGGGAUCCGUAUACUGGUUCAGCUGCAUCGAAGGAAUGGGUGACAGUUGUUAUUAUUCAUGAAUUGGCUCAUCAAUGGUUUGGUGACUUAGUGACGAUGAAGUGGUGGAACAACCUCUGGUUAAAUGAAGGUUUUGCAAGUUUUCUUGAAUACACUGGUACAGACUUUGUUCAACCACAUUGGAAAUACGAUGAACGAUUCAUAUUUACCGAUUUGCAAAGAGCAAUGAUCUCAGAUGCCUCCAUCAAAUCUCAUCCUGUUAUUAAUUCAGCUAAAUCUCCAGACGAGAUCGAGGACAUUUUUGAUCCAAUAACAUACAGUAAGGGUGCUUCGUUAAUCCGGAUGAUGAAGUCAUUUCUUGGAGAUGAUGUCUUCUUAAAUGGCUUGAAGAUCUACUUACAAGAAAACAAAUAUAAAAAUACGGACGAAGAAGAUCUAUGGAAGGCGUUGGAUCGUGCGGUCAAAAGUGUCAAUAAAGACAUCGACAUCAAAUCAAUCAUGGAUACUUGGACAAAGCAAAUGAAUUAUCCAAUUUUGAUUGUUAACCGAAGUGAUUCCAACACCUUCGAUUUCAAACAGAUUCAUUUCUAUGAGUCGUCUAAUGAUACUCUUAUGCCAUCCCCAUACAAUUUCACUUGGAAAAUCCCCAUUAUUUACACGACAAAGGAUGGGUCAGCGAAUGAAAUCAUAUGGAUGAACAACGCUACUCUGAAGAUGGAGCUCAACGUUAUGCCAAAUGACUGGUACAUAAUCAAUAUUGGACAGAUUGGAUAUUAUAGAGUUCAUUACGUUGACAAUAAUUGGGAAUUACUGAUAGAUGAAUUACUCAAAAACUAUAGGAGUAUUCCAGAUUCUGCACGUCCACAGAUCAUCGGUGAUUUAUUCCAUCUCGCAAAUCAUGGUAACGUAUCAUUCACUACUUUCCUGAACUUGACGAAAUAUUUGAGCCAAGAAACGCAAUAUGUGCCUUGGACAACUGCCGGAAGAGCUCUUCUCUAUCUUGACCGUAUGCUUCUUUUGGAUGAGAAUUACGGAGAUUAUCAAGCAUAUGUACGUCUCCUUGUAAAUGCAGCUGUGAGAGACGUUGAUUGGAUAACUAUGAGAGAAGAUCGCAAUGAAGAGAAACAUUUGUUACGCGGAACCUUGGGGGAAAUUGCUUGUCAUGUUGAACAUGAAUUAUGUUUACUCACUGCUAGAGUGUUAUUCACACUAUGGAUGUCGGAACCUGUGACGAAUCCCAUACCGCCUGGUUUGAGAUCAGUCGUCUACUGUACAGCUAUCCGAUUUGGUGGGCAAGCAGAAUGGAAAUUUCUCAGAAGUCAGUACAAUGUUAAUGAGACGGAAGAUGUUGAAAAAGAAAAUAUCUUGACGGGAUUAUCUUGUUCUCGUGAUAUAUGGACGAUGAAACUGUAA